GUGUGAAGACGUUUAAAUCGUCUAUUCAACAUAGUCGUAACUUUAUUCAUGGCUCCAGUGUUAGAGAAAGUGUCGAACAAAAGUGCAAGCACGGAUUGUCGUAAGUUCUCUAAUUGUAAGGUGCGCUAUAGUGAAGAGAAAGAAAAAUAUUCGAUAAAACUAUGGGAAAGAUGUGCCAUUUGAUUAACUCCUCCAGUACUUGGGGUUUAAACGUCCUGUGUCUUGUGUUUUUCCUAACCAUACGAGGGGUUCGUGGAAGUCAAUCAUGCGCCCCUGGCCUAGACUUUAUAGGAAGAACGUGGCCACAAGGUGACAUACAAUUAGAGUACGGAGAGCCCUUGAAGAUAUACUGUAUCCUGGAUGAGACUCUCAUGGAAUCAAGGUAUCCUGGUAAAAGCUCCUUGGACUUGGUAUUUUUUCGAAAUGGUAGACAAAUCGAACCCGAGCAUGUUACUCUCAUCAACGAAACAACUAUUGCGAUGUAUAUCGAAAAACCAGAACCAUCAAGCGACGUCUACAUUUGUAAACUCAGAUUGAAUAACGGCUACGAGCAACAGUAUGAGGCCAUUUGUAUGAACAAAGUUAUUAUUGGGUUCAAACCUAAAGAACCAUUGAAUUUCUCUUGCGUAUCGCAAAACUGGGAAAAUCUUACCUGUACGUGGGUGCCAGCACCCAAUCAUAUUGCAACUAAAUUCUCUCUGGGUUACAAGAUACCUGAUAGAGUCGGUGGAAGGAAAACUUUUAAAUGCCCGGAACCAAAGAGUGACCAAAAGCUACCUCCAAACACUUGUAUGUGGGACGCUUGUACGGACCCCCCAUACAGAAUGGUCCAUGAAAGCUUCAAAUUUGUGCUGACUGCUGAAAACUUUUUAGGAACCAAAGUUUUCACUUAUCCAAUUCAUCAUUUUGCGCAUGUGAUUCCAGCGAAGCCUGUCGGCUUAUCGGUCGUCAAUAAAACUUCUUCUAGCGUUUUGCUUCAUUGGAAGGUGCCUUAUCCAAUGGGAACCUUCUCCCCAGGUCAACACUACAAGGUUUCUUAUCAGAGCGAAUGGGAUGAUCCGAAGAAGUGGGAGACGAAAUACAUAACAACUGGAGUACGCGAAACUCUAAAAUAUUUCAAUCUGAGCGAUUUGCCGUACGCGAACGCAGUUUACAAGGUCAGAGUUUUCGGCAAAAGUUCGCUGGCAGUCGGUGAAGGUAAAUGGAGUGAAUCGAGCAAUUUGAAUUUCAGAACCACAGCCACACUACCAGGUCAAUCACCAAAGACGGCUAUGGGAAGUUUCGAGACGGUAGUAAAACGCAGCAGUAGAGACGUGUACAUAUAUUGGCAAGCUAUUCCAGCAUACUUUGAAAACGGAGACAACUUUACGUACGAAGUUUUUGGCAUGAAAGAAGACGGAAAACUUUUAUACCUAAAGCCAGACGAGAUAACCAAAAGCUACGCACUGUUCAAAGAACUGAGUUUGAACUCAAAUUUCAAAUUUGAAAUCGUAGCGAUCAACUGCGUCGGAAUAAAUGAACGGAAAGCUACGAUACACGUUCCUAGUGAGAAUCGAAGGCCAAAGGAACCGACUUCAAUUACAAAAACCACGUUUGACGGGCGUCUCUUCGAACUAUCCUGGGAUGCACCGUCUUCCACGGACAUUGUCAAUCAAACGAUAUUUUGGUGCGAGAAUAUGUGGGACCGACCUUACCAAUGCUCCGGAUAUCUCGACUGGAUUACCGUCACUCCGAACAUGAGGGUCUAUAACAUCACAGUCCCGGAUGAAACGAAGCUCUACCAAUUCGCAGUAGCGGCAAACACGGAUCAAGGUAGCAGCGGUAUGGCAUGGACCACAUGCACGGUGAUCCACAACUCAGUUGUUGGGAAGAUGGAUUCGGUAUGGGUUAAUAAUGUCGAGUCUAGGCUGAUCGAGGUCGGUUGGAAGCUGAAGUGUUCCGACAGAACGGACAGUGUGAAUGGUUUCGUCGUUUACUAUUGCCCAAUGGAAAGCCCCAAGUACCACAACUGCAAAGGCUCGAAGUUGAGCAAAAUAGUGCCUGGUGACCGUAACACAAUUCACGGUAUCGUGGACGGCUUGAAACCCUACACAACCUACAUGUUGUCCGUAGCCGUGUUGACCAAUAACGGAGAGGGUCCCGAUAGUGACCCGAUCUUCGCUACGACCAUUGAGACAGCCCCAAGUUCACCUGAGAAUGUCAUUGCGACUGUCACAGGCACGGCCAUCACCGUUGAAUGGAAACCACCAUCUGAUGUAAAUGGUGUUCUACGAUACUACACGGUGCAUUAUGAUCAGGAACCAAAAGACCACAAUCAACAGAUCGAAACUGAGGAAAGAACGGUGAUUCGAGAUCUCGAACCCGACACGGUAUACAACGUCAGAGUGUCUGCAUGCACAGUUAUGUGUGGCAAACGGUCCUCCCAGAUAUUAGUCCGGACUGAGACUGCGAUUAAGCAUGGUUCCAACGCACCUAGACCAAUGUCAGACGUGUACGUUGCAGAUGAGGAUGAGGAAAAUUCGAACCAGUCUCGUCAUUUGAGCACUAAUGCGAUACCAGCAGACCUAGACGAUAGAAAAUGUCUCUCAAUACAGAGGCAAGUGACAAAAUCUCAACAACAAGCUAAAUUAGCUCAAGAAGAGGCAGCGAGAGCCAUCGAUAUCUUUUUCGAGUCGUGCGUGAGACCCGUUGGCUGAGAUUUUGAUCGUUAAAUGCUUAGUUUUCAAUACAUCACUUCACAUCCGACAAUUGGAAGUGUCACAGAACCUGUCUGAUGAGGGAUUUCAAAAACUACUUACAUUCUACUUCAUCCAGCAAACCAAAUAUUCUUCAUUGCAAGAUUUCUUACAUAAAAGUACUUAAUUUUUUCCACGCGUAAAGCUUUACUUUGACUUCUGCUGAAAACAAUUGGCGAAAUCGUUCUUGUAGUGAUCACGUCAACCCAAUGGAGGAAGGGCGAGAGGGGAAUAGUGGAUAACAGAUAGUCAGGGAAUCAAGAGGAGUGAAGAAAUUCUACUCGGAGUAGUAAACAAGCCAUUUUUGCGAAAGAUAUUACGACUGCAUGAUUAGCGCGCAGCUUAGAAGCACGAUCGAAGAUUUAGAGUGUGUGAUGUAUGAAAUAAUCUCCAACCAAUGUCAAAACAUACUGCAAAUCUUCACGAUGAUAAAAAGACCAAUAAAACAUGUUUUCAUCUUGAAAAUAAACGUAU